CAUUCUGACCCGUAUUCGUAUUGUAAUUGUACUCUCACUACCUUUCUGUCUGUUGGGGCCUUUUAAAGAAACUGGACACCCUACGAAUUUUGUAAUAAAUUCGCUAGGAAGCAGGCAAAAUGAAAGUCACAAUCAAAAUGCUUCAGGGCCGAGAGUGCUUACUUGAGGUAUCUCCAGACUUGUCUGUCAUUGAUCUGAAAAAACUCAUCAGCCCACAGCUAUGCGUGCCCGUCGCAGAACAGAAGCUCCUCUUCCUUGGAAAACCCAUGCAGGAUGACAAGAAACUCGGCGAGUAUGCGGUGAAGGAAGGCUGCAAAAUUAACCUGAUUCGACGAGUGUGUGAUUCAACAAGUCAAGCAGCAGACAAGCCAGGAUUGCGAGACACCAUGCUUGCAUUCCUGCUGAAGCACAUGCCGCCAGACAAGGCCCUCAAGGUCUUAGAUGAGUUUAUGAAGGACUUCAACAAAUCCAUUAACAGUUUAAGCAUUGAUGACAUGGAGCGAAUUGCCAAGACUAGACUUCAAGAGGAAAAUGUGGAUGUGAUGUAAAUUUGUUGUAUUUUUUCUUGAUUACUGACUUAAUUUUAGACUAUGGUAUAAGAUUGAAAUACAUAACUUGAUUCCUAAUGAA